CAUCGAUGGUUCCAUCGAUGAUUCUCCACCUCUAAUAAAUUGUCAAUAACUUAAGGCUGCCUGUUUUUUAUUUGUUGUGCAGCCGAAAAACGUUAUUUUCGCGAGUGUCUAAUCGUAAAAGUGUGAGUGCGUUGCGUGUGUGUGCAUUUUGGCCAGAGGCCCUGGGAUCGCGAAGGCCCAACGGAGCCCCAGAAAAAAAAACAAAUAAUUGUGCAAUAGGCAAUGCGUAAGGACGAUGUGAGCUGAGCGCUGAGGAUAGAGUCACUCGGGAACACGGAACAUCAGCAUGUGCCUGGCGGAGCACCAGGGGGACCGUCCGAAAAAGCCCCCAAUCAGUAGUAGCAGUAGCAGUAGCAUCAGGAGCAUUGGGAAGAAAACUAAUAGACACCCAUCGGGGGACAGCAGCCGAAGCACCACCACCUCGCCCACAUUCAAUGCCAAGUACAGGCGAAAAUGCCUCCUCCUGCUGACGCUGCUCCUAUUCCACGGCUGCUUCAGUGGCCUGCAUCGAGCCAAUGCCUUCAACUGCACGGCGCACGGCGGAAGGUGUCAGAACGAUGGUCAGUGCCAGGAUGAUGGCCAGUGCUUGUGCGCCGACGGCUGGCAGGGCCCCGAGUGCCAGUUCUGUGGCGGAAAAGUGCGCAUGUACCACCCCAUGGGCACGAUACACGACGGCUGGGGCAACUAUUCGGUGAGUGUCAAGUGCAGCUGGCUAAUCGACGCCAGGCACUCGCACUGGAACCGCCGCCAUAACUUGAAUCCACCACGGACCUACGCCAACAUACGGAUUCACCUGCGCGAGUUCGCCACCGAGUGCGGUUGGGAUCACCUCUACAUAUACGAUGGUGAUAGCGUCGACUCCCCCCUGCUGGCGGUCUUCAGUGGCCUCAUGUACCGGGGGAACUUCUCCAUUCGCCGAGUGCCGCAGGUAGUGGCCAGAUCUGGCACAGCCCUGGUGCACUUCUUCAGUGACGAUGCCUACAACAUGUCCGGCUUUAAUCUCACCUACAAGAUGAACGGCUGCCCCUCGGACACCGACGAUGAAGAGUGCUCUGGUCAUGGCAAGUGCCGGGAAGGCGAGUGCAUCUGCGAGCCCAUGUACAGAGGCGAGGCCUGCAACAUUGCCGCCUGUCCCAACGACUGUAUGGAGUCCAAAAACCAGGGCAGUUGCCGUCUCGACCAGGAACGAUGCGAUUGCUACGAGGGCUAUGGCGGAGACGACUGCAGUCAGAUCAGCGCCCAUGGCGCCUGGACCUCUGUUCACCCCAAGCACUCGCCGGCGCCAGCGGGUAGCGCCUCUCAUGGCGCCACUGUCUGGCGCGACACGCUGCACAUCGUGGGCGGUGAGUCAUACGGACGGGGUGAACUGAUGAACACCUACGAUUUCAAUGGUAAUGUGUGGGAAACUGUCCACCCGGAGGAUGGCAGCGAGGUGCCAGACAAGCGAUACGGCGCCUCCACGGUGAUGUACGGCGACAAGAUCUUCAUGUACGGCGGCGUAAUCAAGGGUCAGGGCAUAUCGAACGAGCUCUGGGCCUACGAUGUAUCGGCCAAGACCUGGUCGAAUAUUUCCGUGCGCAGCGAUCCCUCUUGCACCGGAAUGUGUGGCCCUCUGCAUGUUGUGGGCCACACGGCGACCCUGGUGCCGGGAUUCGGAGACAAGAACAACUACCAGUACAUGGUGGUCAUAUUCGGGCACUCGCCGCACUACGGCUACCUCAACACCGUGCAGGAGUUCAACUUUGGAUCGCGCGAGUGGCGCAUCGUUCCGACAAGCGGAUACGUGGUGAAGGGGGGCUAUGGCCACAGCGCCGCCUACGAUUUCCUCACGGAGAAGCUGUACGUCUACGGAGGCAUCGUGUCGGAGAGCGAGGCCAGCCAGGUGUUGAGCUCUAGGCUGUACGCAUAUGAGCCAGCCACGCGGAUUUGGACCAUGUUGUCGUCGGCUCCCAGUGCCCGGCUCCUGCACACGGCGAACUUUGUGAAUCAGGGCCUGAUGAUGGUGUUCGGAGGAAAUACGCACAACGACACCUCACAGAGCCACGGGGCCAAGUGCUACAGCCAGGACCUGCUCGUCUACGAUGUAUAUUGCGACUCGUGGCACUACCACCCGAUGCCGGGCCACCUGCAGGCGGACCUGGCCCGCUUCGGUCACAGCUCGGUGGUGUUCGACGACGCCCUGUACAUCUACGGCGGCUUCAACGGCCAGCUCCUGAACGAUAUGCUACGCUACAAACCUGGAUACUGCAGCUACUACACCAAGCAGGAGAAGUGCACGUCCGCCCGACCAGGCGUGAAGUGCAUCUGGGAUGUGGCGAAGAUGCGCUGCAUAGCCAUCACCCAAGUGCAGCGAUCGGCCAUCUACGGCCGCGAGCAAUACGACUACGUGGCGUGCCCGUCCAAGAGCCGGAUCACGCUUACCUCCGAGCUGUUGCACGACGUCCACCGCUGCCAGGAAAUAAGCAGCUGCCAAUCGUGCGUCUCCACCGCUUUCGGGUGCACCUACUGUGGCAAUGGGGUGUGCAGCAAGGAGCGUUGUCGCGAGACCACCUCCAUGGCUACCGUGGAGUCUUCCACGCAGCUGGCCAUCUCCACGAUGGGGCCGCCUGUGAUUGCCAAGCACCUGGACUCCUGUCCCGUGGCCGAGGACUUCCUCAUGCAAUCCGUAUGCGGAAAACUUCACAAUUGUCGCGCCUGCUCCUCGAACCUGGCGUGCCGCUGGGACUCGGAACAGAACCGCUGCCGGAGCUACUCUUCCACGGGGGGAUACGGCGCCAAUAGGACUCAUGACUUGGACGCAGCCUGCUCGCCAGCGUGUGCCACACUCACCAACUGCCAGAACUGCACGGAGGAUGAGUGCAUCUGGUGCCAGAACGAACAGCGCUGCGUGGACCGCAAUGCCUACACGGCCAGUUUUCCGUACGGACAGUGCCGCGAGUGGACGACUUUCACGGCCAAGUGCCGAUCCGCUCCCGCGGUGCAGUCUACGGCCCUUAGUGUGGGCAGCACCACCGCCUUGUCCAGCGCCCAGUGCGGAUUCUACAACAGUUGCCAGCAGUGCCUGGACGACCCCGCCUGCGGCUGGUGCGACAACGGAUCGAACACGGGUCUGGGCAGAUGCGUCGUGGGCGGAGCCCUGGCUCCAUACGAUGAUACGGAAUGCGCGCUGAAGCACUGGUUCUUUACCUCGUGCCCUCGGUGCAACUGCAACGGGCACUCGUACUGCAACGACCAGCAGCACUGCGAACAGCCGUGCAACAAUCUGACGACCGGAGCCCAUUGCGAGAAGUGUCGCACCGGCUACUGGGGCAAUCCCAUCAAUGGAGGCAAGUGCCAGCGGUGCGAGUGCAACGGACAGGGUGUCUACUGCCAUCCGGACACUGGGAAGUGCUACUGCACCACCAAGGGCAUUGUGGGCGAUCAUUGCGAGAAAUGCGACUCACAGAAUCACUACCAUGGCGAUCCGCUGAAGGGCUCCUGCUACUACGAGCUAACCAUUGACUACCAGUUCACGUUCAAUCUGUCGAAGAAGGAGGAUCGCCACUUCACACAAAUCAACUUCCGCAACUCACCCGGCAAGCCAGAGAUCGAUGCUGACUUUACAAUCACGUGCAGUGUCCCGGCCAAGAUGGACAUCUCGGUGAAGAGGGCCGGCUCGCCGGACAUGCUCAUUUUGGUGGGGGUCAACUGCUCAACGUUCCGGCAUCGAUUCCCCAAGACGGAGUACCAGUUCGGUCACUCAACGGAUGAUAACAGCUCACUGACCACGUUCUACGUGUUUGUACACGACUUCCAGCCCCCGAUCUGGAUACAGAUUGCCUUCUCUCAGUAUCCAAAGCUCAACCUGCAGCAGUUCUUCAUCACCUUCUCCUCAUGCUUCCUUCUGCUGCUUCUCAUGGCUGCCGUCCUCUGGAAGAUUAAGCAAAAGUACGACAUGUUCCGCCGACGCCAGCGGUUAUUUGUCGAAAUGGAACAGAUGGCCAGCCGACCGUUCUCUCAGGUGCUAGUGGAUAUCGAAAACCGCGAAACUAUCGAUCUGAGCCUUAUGUUGGAUGGCAUUGGACACCUGUCCAAAAAGCGCAAGAAGGAGUGUCCCAGUCCCAUUGCUUUAGAGCCUUGUAGCGGCAACCGAGCUGCUGUGCUCUCGCUUCUAGUCCGGCUGCCCACGGGUGGCCUUUCUCAUGCGCCGUCUGGCCAUUCCGCCGGACUGGCAGUGGCCAGCGCGUUAGUCACGCUCGGAAAUCCGCGUCGGCCGUCGAUCGAACAGCAUCCCAAGGAGCCAAAAGCGAAACGCAAGCAGAGCCAGCACCCAGACAGUUGUACAUAAUAACCCUAACACUAUGCAUACCUACAUAAAAUAAUAACGCUAAUGAUAAUGAUAAUAAUUACGAUAACAUAUAACUAGCAAAUAGGUACAAGUAUAUAGAAUAUUUGCCCCGACUUUAUUCAACUAACCAACCACACACAAAAAAGGCAAGCAAGCUAGCAAGUUGAUAAUCCGCAGUUAUUAUUAAUUUAACGCUUUAGAAUAGUUCCAAAAUGAUAAAAAACAAAACAAAAUAAGAAUUC